GUUUAGAAAAGCCCUUUCCAUUUAAAAAGGCUCGUGAUUUUCUUAUUUCGUUCAUCUCCUUCAUUCUUUUUUUUUAUCUCUAUUCCUCCCUGAAACGAUAUUUUAAACGUCUAAUCGCCUCAAUUCAAGUCACAAUGAUGUUUGCUAGUGCUACCAAGAUGAUGCCCGUCUCCAGCGUCUUGCGGACGCGCGGAGCUAUUGCGACCCGCGGCUUUGCCUUUUCUACAACUAAGAGACUGGGUCUGAAAGAAUCAUCAAAUCAAACCAGCGUUGACUACGACCUGCACAAGAAAGACUCCCUCGCCAAGCAGAAAAAGGGCUCAGGCCACUGGAAGCCGGAGCUUGCAUCCGACAGCGAAGAGGCCCUCAGGGCGGACCGGGCGUCAAAGGAGAAUUUGGCGGAGAAGAUGGAUGCGUUGCAGGAGAGGACCAAGAGGGCUGCUGAGGAGACGAGCAAGGCGGGCACGAGCAUGAGAGAUUCGAUGUGAGGGGGUGAAGACUGAGAGUUCCUUUAUUAUUCAAUAUUGUUAAAUGUGAACAAAAGCCAUAAAUUGGAAUUGUGACGUUUCUGUUAUGUUGUCUUGUCUGUGUAAUGGCAUAUGUAUAAGAUGAGAUUGAUUGUGUACCUGUAUGCGUAUACACAUUGCCUCGGGAAAAGCCAACAUCCACCACAACAUCUCCAGCAAUUGCAUCAUCAAAUUAGCCUCACAUGAAAGUAAAUAAGCUUAAUCUUAGAACAAAUAAACAACACCA